AUUUUCCUAUGCACUCUUUCCGAUUUUUAUGCUGCUCGACCUUCUGACGAGUUGUUCAACAUGGCGGGGAAACUAGCGCUUAUUUUAUUAAGCGACUUCAACCAGUAAUAUUACAUUUGCAAUAGCUGGGAUUAAAUCUUAAUAAGUAUCGCAAAUAUCAAACAGUCAGAAUCAGCCGGCCAAACCACAAGAAAGUAGUUUAUGGUUGAAUUCGUCAAAGGUUGUACAGCAUGAAUUUGUGGUUGUGUAUUUGUUUGUAUUACUUGUUUAGUGUGGCUCACGCUGCUGUUGAAGAAGGUGAGCCCUGCUACACAGCUAGGAACGAAUAUGGAAUUUGUCAAAGUAUAUACGAGUGUAAUUAUAUGCUCAAUUUACUGAAAACAAGAAGCAAUAAUCAGGAAACGCGGCAAUAUCUGCAACGUUCAACUUGUAAAUUUGGAGCUGUAGUAUAUGUUUGUUGUCCAACAGAAAAUGAUGUUAUAUCUACAGAACCGCCCGUUACGAAAAUCACUGGCGCCGUUUUAAACAACGAGAAAUGUGGUAUUAGUAAUGUAACAAACUUUAGAGUUGUAGGUGGAACUCCGGCUAAACUACAUGAAGUACCAUUUAUCGUUAAUUUGGGUUAUAGAAAUAGUAGGGAUCCCAGCAAGCCAAGAUGGCUGUGUGGAGGAACACUUAUUACAGAAAGACAUGUUCUCACAGCUGCUCACUGUGUACACAACAAAAAAGAUUUAUAUAUCGUUCGUUUAGGAGACUUGGAUCUAAACAAUCCUAAUGAUGGAACAGAACCAGAAGAUAUACCAUUGAUCAAAGCCAAAGUUCACCACGACUACAGUCCCGUGAAAUACACCAGCGAUAUCGCAAUUCUUACUUUGGAAAGAGCUCCCACCAAUCCUUGGGUAUGGCCUGUAUGUUUACCAAUUGACGAUAGUUUCAGAAAGCAAACUUUUGUAAAAUUUUCAGCUGUAGUUGCUGGCUGGGGAUCCACAUAUUAUAAUGGACCUUCAAGUUCGGCUCUCCAAAUAGCCCAGAUUCCAGUAGUUGAUACCGAAAAAUGCAGCGCAGCCUUUGGGAGUAAAGCAACGAUUGACGAAAGAACUCUCUGUGCAGGACGGGCGGAUGGUCGCCAAGACGCAUGUCAAGGAGACUCGGGAGGUCCUUUAAUUUGGGGAAGGUUUGAUGGUGAAUUUAUAAGAUAUUAUCUAAUUGGAGUGGUUUCCUAUGGAUAUAGAUGCGCUGAGAAGGGAUAUCCCGGUGUCUACAGCAGAGUUACUACUUUUAUUGACUGGAUAGAAGAAAAUCUGAAUUAAGAGUUGUAUAUAAUGUGUACUGUGUAUUUAAAAUGUAUUAACUAAAAAAUAAAUAAAUAUAAUGUAGGUCUUGCUUUUA